AUGCAAUUGGUGAAAGCGAUACUGCUUCCCAUAUUUACCACACUUUCCUUACAAGCAAACGAGCAAGACAGCAAUAACAACUACUGCAUCAUGACCAAGAUUGCCGUUUUGGGAGGAGGAAGCGUCGGAACGACACUGGCCAAGGCUCUCUCGGACAGCAAUAAGGAUGUUGUUAUUGCCGCACGUGACCCCGUCAAGACCAAGGCCAAGCUUGCUGAAGCCAAGAUGGACGAACUUACGGUUGAAGCCUCUGCUGACGCUUUGAAGAGCUCUGGCGUAGUUAUUCUGGCAACUCCAAGCAUGGCGGAAGACGAGAAAAUCCAAGAAUUCGCAAAGUCACUGGGCGAUAUGAGUGGCAAGAUCAUAAUCGACGCCACCAAUCCUCUCGACUCAUUUCCCGAGGGACUGAAUGUCCGAUGGGGCAAGACCACUUCUGGCGGCGAAGUGUUGGCCAAGGCUCUCCCUGCCGCCAAGGUUUACAAGGCAUUCAAUACUGUUGGCGUCGAACAUAUGGAGGCAGCGCUUGGCAAGGACAUGAUGUUUGCCGGGGACGCUGAUGAAGAGGCACAAAAGAUUGUGGCCGAAAUCAUCAAGGGCGUUGGAUUCAAGCCUUUUUACAUAGGCCCCAUUCGAUAUGCCCGCAACCUUGAAGCUAUUGCCGAAUUGUGGAUCCACAUGGCCAUUCCUCCUCUGGGUGCCAAAACCACCAGUCGGGACUUUUGGUUUUCCAUCUCUGGAGAUCCAUAG